GCCGCCCCAACGUUCAAUCCUGAAUACCUUGCCCGGAAAGCGGCUGGCGAAAGCAUGACAACGGAAACUGUCGUAGAAUCAGAACCCGAAGAACGAUCUAGCAGACCAGGCCAAUCCGGCUUCGCGGAGCGUCUCAUGAAGAAGCUCGGGUGGGAGAAGGGCCAAGGACUUGGUGCAAGUGGUGACGGAAUCACGACAGCCAUCAUUGCCAAAGCCGAAAAGCGCAAGAAGAAGUCAGAUGCGGAAGGAGGUGGGUACGUUGUCCCCGCCAACAUGGGCAAGAUUGUCGGCGGCAAGAAGGCAAAGCCGAAGCCUGGCGCAGAGGACAGCACGCCUCAGCCUGAUAGCUUACCCGACAAGAUGACUGAGGUCAUCAAGCUGGAAGGUAUGCUCGAGAACAUGGAUGUCGAUCACGAAAUCGCCGAGAACAACCUAAUGCAGGAGAUCGGCGACGAAAUGGGCGACCAGUACGGCAAAGUCGAACGACUUUUCAUCUGGAGGAAACACGCCGGAGGUAAUGAUGACGUGUUUGUCAAAUUCACGAGCCCUUUGAGCGCGGUAAGGUGCAUGAAGGGUAUGGACGGCACUGAAUUUGCAGAUAACCAGGUGGUCGCCAAGUUUUGGGACACUGAGAAGUUCGAGAACGGCGAGUAUGACUAGGGCGUUGAGGAAAGCUGUACUGCCUCAACAAGUCUUUGGAACCCUCCCUCUGGCCAUCAUUGACAAUGAUCCAAGUUCUAUGUUACCC